UUCUGCAUCUGUUCGGCUCUUUGCUCGUCUGGAGACUUCGCCCUGUUCUCUCUCUCAUCGUAUACCCAUUCACGAAUCCAACCUCCGACGCGUCCAGACCUCCUCGAAUCGAGCACGAAGACGACAGCCGGAACUGACGUUCGUGUACAUCGUCUCCUACGAGCCAAAUCGUUUCCCUUCCGCGACAAAGUGGUAGCUUUCAUUCCGAGGAGCUUUAUUCCGCGCGCUGGGAAGCCCCGCGAUCAAUCCCACGACGUCGAUUGCCCCAAGCUCGAUACGGCAGAUCUCUAGCUAACGAUCGACCGAUUUUAACAACAAUAUUCGAGAAGUGAGUUAAAAGUGUUUUUUCGGGGCAAAAGCAGCCCGGCAAGCGAAGAGGCUCCGGGACCAAAGCAACAGGAAGAUAUGGGCCCGAUGCCGGAGGCUUCAGGAUCAGGAGUGGCCGACGAGGAUUACUCGACUUUCGAGAAUAAAACCGGCCUGGCCGAUGAUAUGAAGUUCUUGGCGAGUAUGCCAGAACUUUGCGACGUAACAUUUCUUGUCGGCGAUACGAGGGAGCCCGUUUGCGCCGUGAAGGCUGUGCUUGCGGCCAGAAGCAGAGUCUUUCACAAAAUGUUAUAUCAAACUCCGAGUCCACAACGUAAAAAGGAACCGCCGGCGCGAGAAAACAAGAUUCGACUUUUCCUCAAGCGUAGCUCCGAGCCAUUACUGAAUUUACAGAACGCGGCACAGCAGCGGUCAGGGUUCACGCAGCAACUGGCCCCCAUUCAAGAGCCACAAUCGAAUCAGCAUCACACGCUGAUUAUCGAGGAAUUCGAGCCCGAUGUCUUCCGGCAACUGAUCGAGUACAUUCACACGGGAUGUGUGACAUUACAGCCUAGGACUUUGCUUGGUGUUAUGAAUGCCGCCGAUUAUUACGGAUUGGAGGAGCUUAAACAAGCCUGUCAUGGUUUCAUUCAAUACUGUAUAACCGUCGAUACGGUCUGCGCUUUAUUAGCAUCGGCAGAGCGCUAUAUUCAGUAUAAAUGCACGAAAUCUUUGGUGCAAAGGGUAAAUUUGCCCACAAUCGUGCUGGAAUUUGUCGAUGAACACGGCAACGAAGUGUUGAAUCUGGGGUCCUUCACAUUACUGCCGCAACACGUUGUCCGAUUGAUACUUGCCAGAGAAGAACUACGUGCAGAUGAAUUUACGAAAUUUCAAGCAGCGCUAAUGUGGAGUAAAAAGUAUUGCGACAACAAUCAAAAUACGCCGUUGAAAGACGUGAUAGGUAACUUUAUCGAGUACAUCCAGUUUCACAAGAUCCCGGCUACCGUACUGAUGCAGGAGGUGAAUCCGUUGGGACUGGUGCCUCCGGAAAUCAUCAUGAACGCAUUGGCUUAUCAGGCAGACCCAACCAGUGUCGACCCCAGGAAACUCUCCCCCCACAGAGUGAGAAGGCAGGGUCGCAGUAUGUCGGUCCAAUCGUCGCUGGAUCCGUACGGCAGCAACACGACCUUGAGCUCGAGCGGCUCCGACGCCGGAUCGGAUCAAAAACAGCAUUCUGGUAGCAACUAACCUCUGGCCACGGCCGCAUUAAUCGCGGCCGUUUCGGACGA